AUGAGUGCUGAAAAUGUUCAAUUAGGUGCCAAUGGUGCUGCUAGAGACGAAUCUGCUGGUCCAGUUCUACCAACUCCAGACUACGAAGAAUCACCAGCUCCUGUUGAAUUUGACUUGAAAUCAUUAAGUGAAAAGCAAAAGACUUAUUUUGUUGAUCAAAGCAAAUCAAAAUUCAAUGUUGAAGAAACUGCAAAGAGAUUUAAAUAUUUAUUAGGUUUGACAGAUUUAUUUUCACAUUUCAUCAAUAAUAAAGCUGAAAAAGAUCCAAGAUUCCGUCAAGUAUUAAAUAUAAUUGAAGAAGAUAAGUUAAAAUCUAAAAAAUCUAAAUCAACCAAUAAUAGAAGACGUAAGACUGAAAAAGAGGAAGAUGCUGAGUUAUUACAAGAUGAAGAAGAUGAAAAUAAUGUUAUCACUGAAUUUGCUGAAAGUCCAGCUUACGUGCAAGGUGAAUUAAGAUCAUAUCAAAUUGCUGGUUUGAAUUGGUUAAUAUCAUUACAUGAAAAUAACAUUUCAGGUAUCUUGGCAGAUGAAAUGGGGUUAGGUAAAACUUUACAAACUAUUUCAUUUUUAGGUUAUCUUCGUUAUAUCAGAAAUAUACAAGGUCCACAUUUAGUUGUCGUUCCAAAAUCUACUUUAGAUAACUGGGCCAGAGAAUUUGCUAAAUGGACACCAGAUGUUAAUGCAUUCGUUUUACAAGGUGAUAAAGAACAAAGAGCUGAUAUUGUGAAAAAUAAGUUAUACGCUUGUGAUUUUGAUGUUUGCAUCACCUCAUAUGAAAUUGUUAUUAAAGAAAAAGCUCAUUUUAGAAAAUUUGAUUGGCAAUAUAUCAUUAUUGAUGAAGCUCAUAGAAUUAAAAAUGAAGAAUCCAUGUUAUCACAAAUCAUUCGUAUGUUCCAUUCAAAAAAUAGAUUACUUAUUACUGGUACACCAUUACAAAACAAUUUACAUGAAUUAUGGGCACUUUUAAAUUUCAUUUUACCAGAUGUUUUCUCUGAUUCUGAAGCUUUUGAUCAAUGGUUUAUUGCAUCAAAUGAAGCAACACCAGAUCCAGAUUCUGAUAAGGCAACAAAUGAAUCUAAUAAACAAGAUCAAGUCGUUCAACAACUUCAUAAAGUUUUAAAACCAUUUUUAUUACGUCGUAUCAAAAAUGAUGUUGAAAAAUCUUUAUUACCUAAAAAGGAAGUCAAUUUAUAUAUUGGUAUGUCUGAAAUGCAAAGAAAAUGGUAUCAAAGUAUUUUAGAAAAAGAUAUUGAUGCUGUUAAUGGUGCUAAUGGUAAACGUGAAUCCAAAACAAGAUUAUUAAACAUUGUGAUGCAAUUAAGAAAAUGCUGUAAUCAUCCUUAUCUUUUUGAAGGUGCUGAACCAGGUCCACCAUAUACAACUGAUGAACAUUUAGUUUAUAAUGCACAGAAGUUAAAAGUUUUAGAUAAAUUAUUGAAAAAAUUGAAAAAAGAAGGUUCAAGAGUUUUAAUUUUCAGUCAAAUGUCUCGUUUAUUAGAUAUUUUAGAAGAUUAUUGUAAUUUUAGAGAUUAUCAAUAUUGUCGUAUUGAUGGUCAAACUGAUCAUAGUGAUAGAAUUAAAGCAAUUGAUGAAUAUAAUGCACCAGAUUCUGAGAAAUUUGUGUUUUUAUUAACAACAAGAGCUGGUGGGUUAGGUAUCAAUUUAACUUCUGCUGAUGUUGUUGUCUUGUAUGAUUCUGAUUGGAAUCCACAAGCUGAUUUACAAGCUAUGGAUAGAGCUCAUAGAAUUGGUCAAACUAAACAAGUUAAAGUUUUCAGAUUAGUUACUGAAAAUGCUAUUGAAGAAAAAGUUUUAGAAAGAGCUACACAAAAAUUAAGAUUAGAUCAAUUGGUUAUUCAACAAGGUCGUAAUGCCGGUAAUACUCAAGCUCAAUCAGCUAAGGGUAAUUCUAAAGAUGAUUUGUUAAAUAUGAUUCAAUUUGGUGCUUCAGAUGUUUUCAAUAGUACUUCAAAUGGUGAUGCAGGUGAUGAUGAUUUUGAUCUUGAUGCUAUUUUAGAAAAAUCUGAAUCUAAAACAUCUAAAUUAUCAGAACGUUAUUCUAAAUUAGGUUUAGAUGAAUUACAAAAAUUUGCAUCUGAUUCAGCUUAUGAAUGGAAUGGUGAAGAUUUUAAGAAAAAAGAUACAGGUAAUAAGAUUGCCAAUUUAACAUGGAUUAAUCCUGCAAAGAGAGAACGUAAAGAAAAUUAUUCUAUUGAUAUGUACUAUAAAGAUGUUUUACAUACAGGUGGUAGAACUUCAAAUGAUAAAAAGGGACCAAAAGCUCCAAGACAACCAAAUAUUUUUGAUCAUCAAUUUUAUCCUAUUAAAUUACAAGAAAUUUUUGAUCGUGAAAAGGCUUAUUAUAAAAAAACAAUUGGUUAUAAAGUUCCAUUACCUGAAGGUCCAGAUUCUGAAUUUGAACAAAGAGAAGCUGAACAAAGAUUAUUACAAUUGGAAAUUAAGAAUUCUACACCAUUGACUGAAGAAGAAGAAGCUGAAAAAGCAGAAUUAUUAACACAAGGUUAUGGUAAUUGGACAAGAAGAGAAUUUACACAAUUUAUUCAAGUUUGUGCCAAGUUUGGUCGUAAUUCAAUUAGUGCUAUUGCAACUGAAUUCCCAGAUAAAACUAUUGAUGAAGUUCGUGAUUAUGCUAAGGCAUUUUGGGAAAACUAUAAUCAAAUUGAUGGAUUUGAACGUUAUAUUUCACAAAUUGAAAAUGGUGAAGAUAAAAUUAGAAAAGGUAAAUUACAAAAAGAAUGUUUAAGAAUCAAAUUAAGUGAAUAUUCAAAUCCUUUACAUGAUUUAACAUUAAAAUUCCCACCAGCAACAACUAAUCGUCGUGUUUUCUCAGAGGAAGAAGAUAGAUAUAUAUUAGUUCAACUUUAUAGAUUUGGUUUAGAUAGAGUUGAUUUAUUUGAACGUAUUAGAGAUGGUAUUAGAUCAUCACCAUUAUUUAGAUUUGAUUUUUUCUUUCAAUCAAGAACAACUGCUGAAUUAUCAAGAAGGGCACAAACAUUAUUAGCUUGUGUUGUUAAAGAAAUUGAAGGUGGUAAUAAAGUUAAUAAUAAAAAACGUUCAGGUGGUGAUGAAUUCGAUGAUGAAUAUGAACCAAAGAAAGCUCGUGGUAAAAAUUCAAAAGGUGGAAGAAAAUGA